UUACACGUGUUCACAUCAGCUGUGAUACAUACACCCAGAGCCUCAGUACAGUGGAAGUUAGUGGACCCAUCACUUGUGUCGAGCAUAACACUUGGUUUUAUACUUGUACGUGUGUCAAGAAUUCGAUAAUCUUCAGCACCUUUCUGAGACAUGACCAUGCCAGAGGAGUACUAUUACUUUGCCGGAGGCGUACUUGCCCUUCUCGCGAUUCUCAUAUGCUGUUGCUGUUGUAAGAAGGAGAGGCCGCAUCAGGAGCAGAGCCCUCCGACGCUCGAUCUCCAUAGAUAUACCGUGAGAGACGCCAAACUAUUGACGGAAGAGUUUCUCAGAAGCCACAGACAUCAGGAGGUGCGAAUAAUCACCGGGCGAGGACAGCACAACCCGAACGGCGAUGCUCCAAUCAAACAUGCGACUAUUAGGAUUUUAAAUCGCAUGGAACGCACCUUCUGUUACGAAAAUGAAGGCUGCCUAUUGGUAGAUGCUUCAUAAGAGUUCUAGCCGCGGUUAACGUGGAGACAAAGGCAUACGAAAACACACGAAUAUGCCGAAGGCCUUUUCGCAUUUACUGUUUCAUCAGGGCAUAUAGAACAAGAGAUACAUAGAAGUAUAUAUAUGUACUUGGCGGUCAGGUCAGGUCGGUGAUCAGGUGAGCG